CCGUAGUUGGGAGCCACUGACUUCUAAGAUGCAACUCAAACAGAAUGAUUGUGAACCUUCCUGCCAUCCUUUAUUAGUAUUCAGAAACUGCGUGUGGUCUGAUAGCUAAAACCACUGAUAAAUGAUACAAAAAGAACAACUCUGGUCCAAAAAUGAGAUCCAUCCAGGGUUUCAAAGUUGAAUAAAGAACACAUUAAGUUGCGUCAGCGCUGGAGGUUAUUUAACCUGGAAUAAAGAUAUUCCCGCAUAUUGUAAACCCUUACUGGCAACCAGAGACACCCAGUUGGGGGUGUGCGGUCCAACACCACCGCACCCUGUGCGUCUUGUUGGGGUGUAGUGGUAUUUGGGGAAAUCCCGAGUCGUAAUCCACUCCGGAUUUUCAGCCCUGCUCCCGGCCACCUUAUCCGUAUGUGUUUCUGAGUGAGAAAAGCCGACUCUUGUUUACAGCAGAGAUUCCACGGAGGAGCGGAGACCCACAGCCUGCGUUAAGCGAGGGCGAACCGUGAGAUUUCAGCCUCUGGACAUUCAUCCACCGGGAGUUUUUUUUUUCUUCCGAUUUUAUUUUAAUGAGAAUAAAAGGCAAAAGAAGAAACACUCGUAAAAGGGCAACUCCUUGGACAUAUUCUCCCUCCCACCCCAACCGAGGUCGUCUAGCUGGAGACCCAUUGCGUGGCACAAGUCUGGUGUUUUCUUUCAGCUGCAAAUCCCGACUGACGGCAGAGAUAAGUCCGACCCGAGGAGCUGGAAAAUUGGUUUUUAAAAAGACGACUUCUCACUGCAGGCCAGGGCUGCUUGCUGGGGGAACCGAGAGCUUGUGCUGGCUGAAUGGCAUAGGCAAAAAAGGCUUUUCAUUCAUUUUUCAACCUCCCAGCCACCACCCCUGUGGAUCUGGACGUGUUUUUGCCCCACUCCUCCUCUCAGACUCAGUCAUUCACGCAGGGGAUUGUCGCGGGCGAUACUGGCUUUAAUUUACGAUGGUGGUAUAGGGGAAUAAUACCAUUUGGUCUGAUAUUUUGAUUGUUAUUACCAGGCCUGAUCGCAUUGUACGCGCACUGCUGAUUUCAAGAGAUGGAGACUGAAGAUGGGGAUUACCAUCAUUUAUCCAGUAAAAUCACUGGCUUGUGUGCCAUACCAGCCGACGUCAAAGUGUCCUGUGAUUGUCAAAAAUAGCAGACUGUUUUAGUAUUUUUUUGCUCAACGAAAUUCCCCGUAACAACGAUUUCUACACAUUUAUUUAUAUAUAAAAAUAUAUAUUUUUUAGAACAAACCCCUCAACAGAGUACCCUUUCUGGGUUACAGAUACAUUUAUUUUUUCCUUUUUUCAUAUUAAGGCUGUUUUUUUUCUUUGUGGGAGUCAGUGUGUUCGACUUUAUUACUUUCUUUAAAUUUGGUCCCUACCUUUUUUCCCCCGGAGAAGGGAAUAAUGUUAAGGAACAUGAGAUCUGACACACCGAUGGGUUGCCCGACCUUGUUUGGGGGUCUGAUGCUGUCUGUCUUCACCAUCUGCAUCUGUUCCACAUGUGGAGAGAUCUGCGGUCCGAGCAUCGAUAUCCGAAAUGAGAUCAGCGAGUUCAAGCGGUUGGAGAACUGCACGGUGGUGGAGGGCUACCUGCAGAUCCUCCUCAUCAACGACAAAACCAACAAUAUCAACCAGGAGGUCUUCCGCUCCCUCAGCUUCCCGAAGCUGACCGUCAUCACCGACUACCUGCUGCUGUUUCGCGUCUCGGGCCUUGACAGUCUCAGCAUGCUCUUCCCUAACCUGAGUGUCAUCCGCGGGCGCAAUCUCUUCUACAACUACGCCUUGGUGAUCUACGAGAUGAACAGCCUGAAGGACAUCGGCCUCUACAACCUGAGGAACAUCACUCGGGGAGCUAUGCGGAUUGAAAAGAACCCCGAGCUGUGCUACCUGGACUCGGUGGACUGGUCUCUUAUUAUGGACGCUGAGUUCAACAACGUUAUCAAUGGGAAUAAGAAGGCAAAGGAGUGUGACAAUGUCUGCCCGGGCAUCAUGGAGGAUAACCCUCUUUGUCAGAGGACGUCGUUCAAUGACAACUACGAUUACCGCUGUUGGACCUCCAACCAGUGCCAGAAAGUAUGCCCGGAACACUGCAAGUUUGCCUGCACAGACAGAGGGGAGUGCUGCCACAGCCAGUGCCUGGGCAGCUGUACUGAACCCAACAACGACAUGGCCUGCUCCGCCUGCCUCCACUACCACCACGAGGGUCGCUGCGUGCCAGACUGUCCCCCAGACACUUUUAAGUUUGAGGGCUGGCGCUGCAUCACCAUGGACCUGUGCUCUCAAGUGCACCUGCCCGGUGACACUCACUUUGUCAUCCACGGGGGAGAAUGCAUGCCUGACUGCCCCUCUGGCUUCACACGCAACGAGACGAAUCGUAUGUUAUGCAGUGCCUGCAACGGCCCCUGCGAUAAACCGUGUACAUCCCCAGUCAUUGACUCCGUGGACGCUGCUCAGUCCCUGAAGGAGUGCACCAUCAUCGAAGGCAAUCUAGACAUCAACAUCCGCCGUGGAAAUAACAUAGCGUCUGAGCUGGAGAGCUUCAUGGGAUUGAUCCAGAGAGUGACGGGCUAUGUGAAGAUUCGACACUCCCACGCACUUGGCUCGCUGUCCUUCCUCAAGAGCUUGCGUUACAUCAAUGGGCAGGAGCUCAUCGACAACAUGUAUGCGUUCUCCGCCAUCAACAACCACCACCUGCAGUAUCUGUGGGACUGGAAUCAGCACAACCUGACUAUUCUGAAUGGACGUCUCUUCUUUCGUACGAACCCUAAACUCUGCAUGUCUGAGAUCCACAAGAUGUGGGAUAAGACGGGCAUAACUGUGAAGCCAGAGGAGGGUGAUUUCCGUAACAACGGUGAAAGAGCCAGCUGUGAAAGUCACAUCCUGAAGUUCAAGUCUAACAAAACCUCAAGCCAUACGAUCAGGUUGACGUGGGAGAGCUACCGAGUGCCGGGCUUCACGGACUUCAACAGCUUCAUAGUCUACUACAAGGAGUCCCCUUUCCAGAACAUCACAGAGUUUGACGGCCAAGAUGGCUGUGGCUCAAACAGUUGGCACAUGGUGGAUGUGGAUCCCCCUCAAGACAAAAACACUGACCCAAACGUCAACCUUCAGCACCUCAAGCCGUGGACCCAGUAUGCAAUUUUUGUGAAGGCCAUUACCUUGCAGGUGGAGGACAAACACAUUACUGGGGCAAAGACUGAUAUAAUAUACAUUCGCACACGCCCGUCGCUGCCGUCUAUGCCCAAAGAUGCCCGUGCUUAUGCCAACUCCUCAACAAAGCUGGUGGUGAAGUGGUCCCCUCCAGCAUUUCCCAAUGGCAAUCUGACCUACUACCUCGUCCGUUGGCAGCAGCAGCCUGAGGACAGAGAGCUCUACCAACAUAACUACUGCUCCAAAGAGCUCAAGAUGCCGUUCCGUAUCCCAGCCUCAGGGCUCACAGACGUAGAAGAAAACACCAAGCCCACCAAGUCAGACCAGGGAGGGGAAAAGAAGACCCCUUGUUGUGCUUGCCAGAAGACGCCCGAGGAGAAGGACCGGGAGAAGGAUGACCGCGUCUUUUUCAAAAUUUUCGAGAACUUUCUCCACAAUGCCAUCUUUCUGCCAAGACCUCCGGAUCGUCGACGUAGAGAUGUUUUUGGUCUGGCUAACAACACACUGUUUCAUGAGGGUGGUGGUAGGGGGAACACCACCCUUGGCCCGGGGGAUAACAGCACAGAUGGCGUUCCUCCUAUCAAAGAGUAUCCCUUCUCCGAGGACAAGAGCACAGCAGAAUAUUUAGAGAUCCCCAACCUGCGGCCUUUCACUGUCUACCGCAUUGACCUCCACGCCUGCAAUGAGGAGGUGGGGCGCUGCAGCGCUGGAGCCUUCGUGUUCUCCAGGACCAAACCAGCAGCUGGAGCAGAUGACAUACCAGGGAAGGUGGUGUACGAGAGGUGUGACACGGUUGAGGGUUGUGUGGUGCUGCACUGGCCAGAGCCCGUCAUGCCCAACGGACUCAUCCUGAUGUAUGAGAUUAAUUUCCGCCUGGGGACUGAGCCUGAGAAACACGAGUGUGUGUCGCGACAGCACUACCGCGAGCACAGAGGAGCUCGGCUGACCAACCUGGGCUCAGGGAAUUACUCCGCUCGUGUGCGUGCCACUUCGCUCGCGGGGAACGGUUCCUGGACGGAGAACGUGUCGUUCUAUGUGCCUCCGCCCAAACGAGACGAUGGCGUCACGUUCUACUUGGUGAUCAUAAUCCCCAUCAUCGUGACAUUUUUCAUCGCCAGCCUCACCACAAUUCUCUUCUUUGUCAACAAAAAGAGGAAUAGCGACAGAUUGGGGAAUGGAGUCCUUUACGCAUCUGUCAACCCAGAAUACUUCAGUGCUGCUGAGAUGUACGUACCGGAUGAGUGGGAGGUGGCCAGGGAAAAGAUCACUAUGCACAGGGAGCUUGGCCAGGGCUCCUUUGGCAUGGUGUAUGAAGGCAUCGCCAAGGGAGUGGUGAAGGACGAACCUGAGACACGAGUGGCCAUCAAGACGGUCAACGAGUCUGCCAGCAUGAGGGAGCGCAUUGAGUUUUUGAACGAAGCCUCGGUCAUGAAAGAGUUCAACUGUCACCAUGUGGUGCGGCUGCUGGGCGUGGUCUCUCAGGGACAGCCAACCUUGGUGAUUAUGGAACUGAUGACCCGUGGAGAUCUCAAGAGCUAUCUGCGGUCUCUGCGCAAAGAAAACUCCACCAACCAGGUCCUGCCCCCUCUCAAAAAGAUGAUCCAGAUGGCAGGGGAAAUUGCUGAUGGCAUGUCGUACCUAAAUGCCAACAAAUUUGUCCACAGAGAUCUGGCUGCCAGGAACUGCAUGGUAGCUGAGGACUUCACUGUGAAGAUUGGAGAUUUUGGCAUGACCCGAGAUAUUUAUGAGACGGAUUACUACCGAAAAGGAGGGAAAGGCCUGCUGCCUGUCCGCUGGAUGUCUCCAGAGUCGCUGAAAGAUGGCGUGUUCACUACAAUGUCUGAUGUCUGGUCAUUUGGUGUUGUGCUGUGGGAGAUCGCCACCUUAGCAGAACAGCCCUACCAGGGCAUGUCCAAUGAACAAGUGCUGCGCUUUGUCAUGGAAGGAGGACUCCUGGACAAACCCGACAAUUGCCCUGACAUGCUGUUUGAGCUGAUGAGAAUGUGCUGGCAGUAUAACCCCAAGAUGCGUCCGUCCUUCCUGGAGAUCAUUAACAGCAUCAAAGAUGAACUGGAUCCUCCCUUCAGGGAAGUGAGCUUCUUCUACAGCGAGGAGAACAAGCCGCCGGACACCGAGGAGCUGGACAUGGAAGUAGAGAACAUGGAGAACAUUCCACUGGACCCUGCAUCCACCAGGCAGCCCUCUGCUGCCCCCGCUGCCCCCUUGUCGGGGUGUACAGGAGGCACGCCGCCGCCUUCUACCCAGCAGUUAUCCCCCAUGCAAGGCCCAAGUACUCCAUUACUGGGACCUGUGUCUUCCUCCUCCCCAGGCCCUGUUGCCUCAGCCUUGGCAUCUCCAGGCCAAACCUUGGACAAGCACUCAGGACAUGUUUCCUCCAACGGGCCUGUGGUGGUGCUACGGCCCAACUUUGACGAGUUGCAACCCUAUGCACAUAUGAAUGGGGGCAGAAAGAAUGAACGGGCGUUACCACUGCCCCAGUCAUCGGCCUGCUGAUAUCAGACGAGCCCCUCCUCCUCCUCCUCCUCUUACACAGGGUAACACAAACCUCUCCUCCAUCUCUUAAGGAGGGAUGGAUGAGAUAAGAAAUGACUUUAUUCUACUGUGUGCCAGUAGAUGGUCUCUCCACUCCUUUAAGGUCAAAUAUAAACUCUACAAACUGAAAAAUAGCACAGAAACCUGCUAAAGCAUUUGGGGUUUGGUGGCUCAGACUCGACACUGAGGAACUCCCUCCUGUGCAGCCUGUAUUUCAGUCUUUGUUGCAAAGGUCCCUCAAGGAGGAACCAACAAUACAGGCAUGUAUCCUGACUUACAGAUUUAGACAUGAACUUAAAGAAUUUUUUUUUUUUUUUUUAGCAUAUCUGCCAGCAAAUCCAACAGAAGAGCACUUUUUUUCCCUGAUGAUUUCAGAGAGGAUGUUGUGGAUAUCUGAGUGUGUAUUUAUACAAACACAUGAUUCUCUCUAUAAUAUGUUAUAGCUCCAUUUCUAAAUGACUUUCCAUCAGAAUGACUUUCCAUGAGCAGGCUGGCUCAUGUCAUGCGAGGAUGCCUCAAUUAGAAAGUUUGAACUCCGAUUGUUUAAUUUUCCUGUUGAUAUUUCUGUGGGCGUAGGGUCCCGUCACAGACGGGUCAGAAUGGAAGAGGAAGGGCCUAUUGUGUAUCUGCCAAACUUUUGCCAAAUCAAGCAUUUUUUUUUUCCUCUUCUUCAGUUUCAUACAGGUCUCCCUUCUUGUUCAAGGCUGUGGUUCAGAGUUGAGAUAAGUCUCUCUGGGAAGCAAUACCAAAAUUGUUUGGUGGUACUUUGUGCUUAUUUUAAGCACUAACAGCUCCUGGAGCAGCUGUGUGUGUGUGUGUAUGUCUGUGUGGUUAAAAGAGGACACAGUACAGUGUUUCUACAUUGGACUCACACCUGCAGACAAAGUUAUCUCAGAAUAUACAGCAUCUGCACUGGGGGUGCAAUAAAUCUAAGAAAGCUUGUGGCACUUUGAGGAGAAACACAACAGAAAAUUUCUGCGAAAUGAUUUGCAUUUAACGAGGCCAGCAUAAAAGCAGAAGUUAAAAUAAAAAAAAAUUAAGUUUAUGUUUUUAUUUCUCCAAAGGAACUGACUAUUAGUAUGAACUGAUCUUAAGACUUAUUUGUAUGAACAGCUGGAUUGUUAAAUAUUAUUAUAAUUAUUAUUAUUAUUAUUAGUAGUAGUAGUAGUAGUAUUGCUCACAGAUAUUAAACAGUAUAUAGUCAGGUAAACACUAGCCUACUGAUGCCAUUAAAUGACAAGGUAAUUAUGUCUGAAUAUACAUGUAAAAAUCCAAAUUUUUGGCAUAAAGAAUAACAGGCUUCAUACAGAAGAUUGUAAUGUAAUCAUCAAAAAAACUAUUUUCAGAUGUCCUUAUACAAGUUCAAUCAGUGAGUUGAACAUCUGUGAGCAGUUUAGCACCCAGUUAAAUUAAUGUUUUAAAACCAAAAUGCCCAAAUUUAGUUGUUUGGAGCUCAUCACGUGAGCAUUUGCUUUUUAUCUUUUGACAUACCAAAACCAGCUCGUUUGGGUUUUUGAACUUUUUUUUUGACAUUUCAUAUAACAAAUAAUUAAUCAGGCUAGACAAUAAAUAGCAAAUUGAUUAAUAAUGAAAGUCAUUCAUUGCAGCCCUGUGUUUUCAGAUGGUAACAUUUGUGAAGCUGCUGUUGAGGGGCCACCAUUGUUGCACCACCAGGAUCCAUUUGGAUCUAAGACUGACUGAAACUUUCUGAGGGAAGUACACACAACUCUGAAUCACAGCCUCAGCCUGUCUUUGUUAUAAUAAAAGAAACAUCGUAAGUCUCACACUGCAAAUCACUGAACUUCAAAAUCAAGGGACACGACUCUGCUUCCACUUUCAUUUCUUUAAACCUUAUCUGACAAUUUUUGAGUGUACAUUUUAUGUCGGGGGUGAACGUCGCUCACUGAUACUGCUGUUCAAAUUAAAUGGCACCAAAUACACCGCAACAAACAAACGGAGUCUGAAGACCUGAGACAGAAAACAAGAAGGCGUUGGAUCGUAUUUUAGUAGCCUAGAGACAACUUUUCAAUCACAGCAGGUCUCUUCUGGAAUAGUCAUUAGUUUCUCUACAUUUCAGACACAUAUGAAAGGUCUUACAGUUGUAUUUUAGACUGCAGGAUCGUUUUUAUACACAUCAUUGGUUUUGUCACUUUUUUAAAACCUUUUUACGGUUCAAAAUGUUUGCCUCUAUGUCUGUACAGAACAAAAGCUGCUAUUUUAUUCUUUUUCUCUUUUGGAUGUUAUAUAUAAAGAAAUCCUUCAGGUUUGGUAUUUUAUGGUCUCCACAGUCCAUUUCUUAUAUCUUUAAACGCUGUUUAAAAAAAAAAAAAGAAUAAAACAACAAAAAAAAUUAAGAUGAUUUAGAUAUAAAAUCGUUUUUUUUCUGUUACCCCAAAAGGUUUUCUGUAACACUAUAUUUUGCUCAUUGCCUUUUAUUUUAUGAAAUCUUUCCUCCUGUAUUUGUUUUGUGGAUGUCUAUAUUAUUGUUAUUAAUAUUAUUAUUAUUAUUUGGAAUGGACACCUUAGCUCAAUGUGUGAGUGUGUACUUUCUGCACCCUUUUUUUGUACUUUUGUCUAGCACUGCGCCUAGCAUUGCCCUCUGGGUGCGACUCAAUCUCAGGUCAAAGUAAAGGCUUUGCUUUCCUCCACACAUUCUCAUUAUCGUCCUCUACUUAUCCCCCCCCCCAAAAUCCCUGUCCUGUAGUGCCCUCUCUCCUUCCCACUGGCCCUUCACUGAGCUCUACAACAUACUGUACCUGCCCUUCACCCCCCACCUCCUUCCCUCGUGCCUCCUUUUGAAGUCAGGAUCAGUUCCAGUGCAUGAGAUAUUUACUUUACACCAGAUCUGGUCAUUUUAACCCAUCCAUUUCCUGCCUCCUCUUGACUCAAUAGGGCUAAUUUGCUUGUAUUGUUUGCCUUAAUUAUGCCAACCAUCUCACAACCAUGCAGAAUCAAUUUUUUUUUCCUCCCCACGUUUUUUUUUUUUUUUUUUAAUAACACACACUAGCGCAAUACAAAAACACUUCUGCUUCUUCAAAGUGAGAACAGGUCUUAUUGUUUGUCUUUAUAAUCACUGCUUCUGAAAAACCAAAUAAAGGAUGGGUUAAAGUCCAGGGAAGGGAACACAUUUCGAUGUUAUGAAUGGAAAAAGGUCUUAAAACGGAGGCUGAACAGUUAAACGUGUUUUGAAGGAUUUCUCCUCAUCUUUUGGAAAUGUUGCCUGAUGAUUAUUAUUAUUAUUAUUUUUCCUUUCUUUGAAGUUUUUUUUUUUCUUUUCCGUAGGAGUGUUAUUUAUUUAUUUUUUUAUUUUCCUUUUUGUGAUAUCAGUUUAAAUCACUGUAUAAAUGCCCCAUGAUUCAGUAUAAAGUUGGAUUUUUUUUGUAUGUAUUUUCUUUGGUGUCAUGACUGGGGGACUUAAAAAACUUUUUUUUUUUUUUCCUUCAAGUAUAUAUCUACCUCACUCUUUCUAAAAAUAUAUGUAUGCGUAUGGAAAACAAGUACAUCUCACUCUUUCUCAUCAGUUUAUACCUGGAUAAAACCCACAGGGAUCUAGAUAAACCUCACAAAGCGGACUAAGGACAGGAGAUGGAAUAUCUGUGUGAUGGUUCAAGUGUUGGAAGUUCAGCCCAUCAGUUUCUGGCCAAAAAGUUUUAAAAGAAAUGACUGUGUGUUGAAUUCUCUGCAAAAUCAGUUUAAAUUGUUGUUUGGUAUUUAUUACGUUAUGUCAACCUACACUUUAAUUUGACAAGAUGGUUUACAGUCUUACAAAGUUUAAGGCAAGUGCAGUACAGGAUAUGACAACAUCAACAUCAGACAUUCCAUCUCCACUGACUCCCAACAUAUUGUCACAACCUCAAACCCUCAAAAAUACAGAAACCCUAAUUUUGUUAUCUAAAAACUGCAUUUAUAUAGAAGUCUAAACGGUUAUCAUGGGGAAUAUUUUAAAAAAGGGAAAAUGUUUUAUUGACCUCCAAGAAAAAAAAAAAGAUGUAUUUGCUGUUUAGCCGCAGGGUUACAGCACAAGCCCACGUUUCACAACCCAGAUGUCACUCACGCUCUCAGAGAAAAUAUUCAGUUACGCAUAUGGAUCAGUACUGUGAAUGUAACAAGGACAUUUACUCACUUUGUACACAUAACUUUGCUCAAGAUAGCAGCAACUCCACCUCCUACGUGUUUCUACCUUCAGUCCUGAAUGGACAAUUUCCACCGUUUUUUUUUUUUGUUUGUUUGUUUUUUUUUUUUUUAAGUCAACGUUGGAUUAGAUUUUGGGUUAUUUUUUUUUUUUCAUGUAAACUCUUUAUGUGAACACCACCAUUAACAAUCCUCUAUAGCUGAUAGCUGAUUUCCACUGUCAUCAAGAUGAAUCUCUUUUUGAUGGUUUGGAAGUAAACUCGACACGCCUUUUCUGGCCGGUUGUACUGCUAACUCAAUAUUUAGUGCUGCUGCUUCGGUCACCUUGAGUGUGGAGGUGACAAAGGAGCUUUUACAUCUCCCAGCUUCUCAUGAGACCUCUCGGAGAGAGGCUGUCUCAGUACAAGGGCUUCUGGGCUGGAAAAAUUAAUUAAUUCGGAAAAAGUUAUGUUGAAAUUUCGAUCCAAAAGCAAUAAAAAAAAAAUGAAAAAAAGAAAACAGGAUUAUGAAUAGACAAUUGGGUAACUUCUAAUGUGAAUAAUUGGUGCUCGAUCUAGGUUCUUAUUAAGCAUUUUAACUGUGCACGAUUUAAGAGAAGAACGAAGAGCGAACAAUCUUUUGGUUGAGAAACUGGUCUGACUGCUGCUGAAUAUCACAUUGUAACAGAAAUCACCACUGACAAGCAAGCCGCUUGUGUAGUUACUUAACAUAUCUGUGCAUUUAUGUUCCUUCUGUUUGGAUGUAUGUAAUGAUUCAAACAGUGAUAUAGUUCAACUUUUCAGUUCUGUGAGUAGCAGACAUUACAUUGACCUGUUGUGAGGUGAAUUACUGUUGAAUUGCUAGUUAAAGUUAGAUCACAAACCUGUCAUAACUAUAGCAUUUAAAUAAACACAUGGACAUAUGUAGGACAGGGAUGGUGCAUAGAUUACGGGUAGUCAUGACAAAGAAUAAACAACACGAUUAGAAAAAAGAAUAAAGGCGAUAGGCCUAAGUUUACAGCUUCACACUAGUUUGCUUUUUUACAUUACCAGAUUUCAGCGUAAACAUACAGUAACUAACUAAAGGAGAAAUGCUCGACUUAGUCAUCUUUAUCAUUUCAAUUCUUCAGAAUGUUCUUCAUGCAAACCUCAGGUUUAUGGAGGAUGCCUCAGCGCAUUCAAACUGCAAUAAUAAGUUUGAGGUUUAUCACUGUCAUGCCUCUGUUUUUAUGAUUUGCAUUCCUAUACCUUUUGAGGGGGCCUUCGUCUACUGCUAUUAUUUUAUUAUAAUACUUUCACAAAAUCUCUGUGUUCAUUACCUGAUUGGGGUUAAGAAAUAAUCCAAAAAAAGAGAAAAAAAACCCUUCACUAGACUGUCUUUUUUCAAGCUAUGUAUCUGAGGCCUCAACGUUUUUUCCCACCUAUAGCUGAGAUGGUGUAUUUUUGACAUGCCAUCUCCAAAUGUGUAUCUGAGAAGUUCUUGUAUUUUUGCUUUUUUUUCCUGAAAUUUUGAAUAAAUAAAUGAAUGAGAA